UUAUCUUAUAAUUGUGUCUUUAUAUUUCUUUCCAACUAGGUAUAAAGCUACCUAGUUUGAGCUGUGUUUUUCAAUAAAAUUGGAGUCAUGUGUCUGUCUGUUUCUUUCAUCACAUGAAACUAUAGAAUAUAUGAAGUCCUUAAUAUUGGGGCUUCCUCUUUCUCAGGAUUAAAUUCCAUUUUUUUUUUAAAAAAAAAAUUCUCUUUCAAAUAUAUGUUUAUUCAUCACAUUCUUAUUUCCAAGUAGAUAACAUCAAAGAGCAAGAUUCAAGGACAGUGAGGAUUCAUAUAGUCGACGUCAACUUGCCUGAUAUUGAGGCGUAGCUGUAGUAGUUUUCGUUAUUGAUGAAUGAAACAAGUGGAUAUGAAUAUGAGUGAGAUUGGUUCAGAAAGAUCAAAUCCAUGGAACUAUAUUCACACAAGUUCAGAACCAAGUCCUUCCCAAACACAAGUAAACAGAGAAGGACACUGGAAAAACUUUGGGACAUCAAUGGAUGCUAUUUCUUUUGGCUUUGUUGCUACAGCUAUCCUCAUAUCCAUGUUUCUCAUCAUGGCCAUAUUUGAACAUCUCUUCAAGCCUACCACCCCUUUCUCUUCGCCUCGAGGGAGUAGACACAGUUCCUUGGAGUUGGGGCCUAUUCAGAAACACGCAAGUUCACAAACAGUACCAACACAAUAUUCAUCGGAUUAUACAGUUGUGAUGCCAGGACAACAAUAUCCUACCUUCAUUGCCAAGCCAACUCCACUGGCUUGUUCAAGGGAAGGGGUUUAUUGGCCUUCCCAUGAACAUAGUUUUCCCUUCUCUUAAUGCUCCUAAAUGACUAAUUAUUGUAUUGUCAUAUAUAUGAAUCCUAAAAGAAGACUUAUGUGACCAUCAAAAAAGUUCACCAGUUGCAGAAUCUAGCACUCUUACCCUGCUUUGAUCUGUAAAAUUAGCUGUCGGGCGAAAACUGAAGUUUUGUACAUUGGAAAGAAGGAAAAUGUAGGGUGACAUUCAUUGUUUUUGUGUAACAUAUUUGGUUUUGCUUUGUCUGUUGACUGAGUUCCCCUUUUUCUGUUUUGUCUUUUCCAAUAUGUGAGAUGUGGGGAUGAUAUGGGAAGUUCACUAAGCUAUGUUUUUAGUUUGUUCUUUUGAAGUAAGCUUAUUUUACCAUGUAGUGCUUUACCAGUAUUUUGACUAUUGUGCUUAUGCUCUUCUUUCUA